GCUUCCUGGCCUCGAUUGGAGUACCUGAGUCAGACCGUACUCAAGAGGUCGUGGAAAGCAUGCUUGACGCUGGAGCUCAGGGUCGGCGAGAGCGACUAUGGGGCACCGUCACGCAUACCUCGGGCAUGGAUAAGGACAUCUGCCUCAUGGCUGGCUCCCUCGCCGAGCUGGACCUCUCCGGGGCCAUCCUGAAGGGCACUCCGCUGGCGGAUAUCGCGGACAACGCCGCAGCGGCCCGGGAGGCGGCCGCCAAGGCGCACUCGGCCCUCCUAGACUACCACCACCACCAACAGCAGCAGCAGCAGCAACACCUG